AUGAGGGAUCUCUGUGGUCUCCGGGAACUGGUGACACCACGCGUCCGUCAGGCGGCCAAAGCAGCGCUGGGUGGGGUGCGCACCCCCACACUGCUCAACCGCAAGGUCGCCAGUGCGCAGGACGUAGGUCUCACGACCGCGCUGCUGCUGCUGGCGUGGACCACCACCGGAGCCACUCCUCUGCGUAGACCCGCGACCAGCUCCACCGCCACCCCCGCCGCCUCUGCCGCCUCCGCCGCCUCCGCUACUACCGCCGCCUCCGCCGCCUCCUCCACCGCCUCCACCUUUGCCACCUCCGCUCCCACCGCCACCGCCGCCGCCGCCUCCGCCUCUACUGCCGCCACCGACACCUCCACCCCCACCUCCACUCCCACCGCCACCCCCACUCCCCCCGCCGCCUCCACCUCCACCUCCACCGCCCCCGCUCGCUCCUCCAGUGCCCCUGCCCCUCUUGCCUUUGCCAUAGCGGCGUCUCCCGCUAGGGGCAGACGCCGCACCGACCGACUCAAGACCAAGGAGGUCAGCCGCAGCAGCAGAGGCAACAGAGGGCAGAAGGGGGGAGGGGGAACACCCCUCAAAGAUGGGGGUGCGCGGGUCACCACGAGAGGCCCCUACAGCAACUAUGCUCUUCUCGGCCGCUAG